AUGGUACUUUCUUGGAUUCAGCGUUCAACUUCUGAAUCGAUUGCGAAAUUUGUCUUGUGGAUUGAUACAGCAGUUGGAGUUUGGAAGAAUUUACGAAUUAGGUUUUCACAAAGCGAUAUCUUUCGAAUUUCAGAUAUCCAAGAAGAUUUGUAUCAAUUCCGCCAAGGUACUCUCGAUAUCUCUGAAUAUUUCACGCAAUUGAAAGUGUUUUGGGAUGAAUUGGAGAACUAUCGUCCUCUCCCUUGCUGCACAUGUGCUAUCGCUUGCUUUUGUGGUGCAAUUUCAUCUGCACAAACAUACCGGGAGCAGGAUUACGUGAUUAGGUUUUUGAAAGGCUUGAAUGAUCGGCUUUCUCACUCAAAGUCUCAAAUCAUGAUGAUGACACCUCUUCCUGACAUUGACAAAGCCUUUUCUUUGGUCAUUCAACAAGAACGUGAAUUAAAUUCUGCUACUCCUUUGGACUCUUCUGAAGCCACUGUCACUGUUUUUCAUGCUAACACUCAAAAUAAGGGUUCGGCAACAAACAAAUGGAAAGGUUCUUCUUCCUCAACCAAAGGAGGCAACAGAGUCUGCACUCACUGUGGUCGAACAAACCACACUGUGGAUACUUGUUUUGUGAAACAUGGAUAUCCACCGGGAUAUCGAAACCGAACCAAGCUUGCAUCUAAUACUCAAGGUUCCUCACAAUCUCAUGCCAACACCAUAUCACACAUUGUUGCUCAAUCUGAGGGAAAUUCCACACCUGUGUUUGGGUUUACUCAAUAG